AUGCCUGCCUUUCCUACUUUUGACUGCUAUGCCACCCUCGAGGUGGCACGCACUGCAACUGAGCAGGAGAUCACUGCCGCCUACCGUCGCUUAGCUCGUAUUCACCACCCGGAUAAGAACUUCAAUGACACUGAAGCCGCUACAGCAGUUUUCCAGAAGAUCCAGCUUGCAUACGAGACUCUUCAUGAUCCAUUUAAUCGUUCUCGUUAUGAUCUUCACAUAGACUCUCAGGACGCCACUACACCUCCUCGGCCCGAAUCCCAAGCGCGAUCGGAUUUUUCGGACUGGACUGAUGAGGAUGAGGAUGAGGACGAGUAUGAGGAUGGCGAUGGCAAUGGCUGGAUAUACGACGAUAUUUUCCCUCACUUCUUCCGUUUCUUCUUCAGAGACGAGGUUCAACAACCUGGUGAUCCAAGAUUUUUUGACAGAAAUAAUGCCUUUCGUCAAUUUCAGCAGGGGAGGCAAGAGCAACGUGACAUGGUCGUCGAGGAGAUUCGUAAGCGAAGAAUGGCCGAGGAAGCACGCAAAAAAGCUCGAGAAGACGAGAAGAAAUCUCAAGAAGAGAUGAAAGCCAAGCAGAAAGAGGACGAACGUAGUGCCGAAAAGUCCAGCCAAGAGAUGCGCUGGAAGGAGCUCAACGCCAUCACCAAGGAUGAGAAGGUAGAAGCCUGUCUCCACUCUGGUUUCUGCAGCAAGAUCCAGCAGUCUAAGAAGUUCAAAUGUGGCGCUUGUAAUGUGAAACGAGGCAUUAUAGCUUUCGAAUGUCCCUAUUGUUUGUCGCACAUCUGCCAGCAGUGUGUGUCUGACUUCGCCAAAAAGCGCUCCUUGGCCUCGAUGCAGGAUAGCCCUAAGCCUGAAGUUGAUCCCAAGUCAACGGCUAAGCCGGAGCCAGAGACUAAAUCCGAGACUGAAGCGGAAUCGUCAACUCAAGCGAAGGACGGCCGCCAUAACGAGGGACCCAACACUAAAUCCAAGGGUGGUAAAGGCCGCAAGAAGAAUAGAAACCAGAAGAAAUGA